AUAUAAAAAGUUUUAAUUUCUGUUUGCUAAGGCUCUUUCUUUCUUAAUUACUUUUAAUUUCCUUUUAAGUUUAGAUAUACAAAGAGAGACCCCUAAUCUAUUCUAUGUCAUAUUGAGGAGCCGCCUCUGAUCUAAUCUCUAUAAACUAUGAGUCAUAAAUCUUUAAGUAUGUGCAACAAAUACAUGGAGGAAGAAGGAACUCUAGAAGGAAACGAUGGCCCAAACCCCACCGGAAAACCCUCACCGGGCGACUUCCAUUCUGACACAUACAAUCUUUACUUUAAGGGUUUGGUAAGGCAGGAAACAUCUGCUCAGUUAUCAGCGGGAUUUAGGGUUGCAAUUUGCAGAGAAGAGGAUGAUUAUCUCUUGUUUCAGAUGAAAGGAUCACUUCAUGACUCCAAAGUUACAGUUUUGGAGGCUGAGCUUAUGGCACUGAAGCGAGGACUAACCGAAGCCGUGAGUUUGGGGAUCAAUCAUAUCUCAAUCUGCUGUGAUAGUUUUCAGAUUUUUGAAUUGGUCAUGAGGAGAUCCGCACCUGAGCAAGAGAACAUCGCCUUGCUAAUGGAUGAUGUACAACGCAUAAGACGAGAACUGACAUCUAGCAUUCCUGUUACUGUGACUAAAAAUCAAGCCAAGUUUGCGUAUAAGCUUUCAAAGGAAUUAAUAGGCAUACGUACGCCUCCUACUGAGAAGAAGACUUGCGGCGGGGUUAGUAUCGAACCUGAACCCAUGUUUUCCGUUGCUUUAUGUCGUCAUCAAUUCGGUGUGGAGUGGAUGAAACAACAUAUAGAAGUGAGGCUAAUCGAGGGAGACGUACCGAGAUGUCCUCAUUAUGGCUGCACAUCAAUCCUAACUCUUAAAAGUUGUGCCCAUCUUUUGACACCUAAACUAAAAGAGAUGUGGGAACAAAGGAUCAAAGAGGAUUCAAUUCCUGUAUGUGACAGAUUUCAUUGCCCAAAUCCAAGGUGCUGGGCUUUGAUGUCGAAAACCGAGCUCUUUGAGUCUACUGAAGAUGGAGUUAGGAGAUGCUGCUUUAAAUGCCGCAAACCCUUUUGCAUUAACUGCAAAGUUCUGUGGCAUAGUAACUUGUCUUGCAAGGAAUACAAGACGUUGGGUCUAAAUCCUAAAACAAUAUCGCGUCAAUGUAAAAAGUGCCAACACAUGAUCAAACAAACGCAUAAAACCAUCAAUGUGACUUGCAGGUGUGGUUAUUCGUUUUGCUACACAUGUGGAGCUCAAUGGAAGCUUGGAGGUUGCCGUCAUCAUAGCCAAAUGGUGGCGGAUGUGUUGGUUCCCGGUUUUAUCUUCUUUUUUCUUUCAAUGAUUAUUUGCUCAAUUAGUCGUCGUGUUUAA